AUGGGUGGUCGAAGGAUGAUUAAAGCUGCAGCUGUGCUAAUAGCUUUGGGGUACAGCAGUUUGUUAGUUUAUCAAGGCGGAGUUACAUUUAACUUCCAAGAAAAUCGACAGGGAUCGGUGCAAGUGCCUGAUUUAACUAUUGAACCCGUAACAAAAACAAAUAUUUAUGAUAGUGUACAAAGUAAAAACAUAACAUUAGAAGACAUAUUUAUAAGUGUUAAAACAACAAAACAUUAUCAAUAUACAAGGCUGCCAAUAAUAUUAAAAACAUGGUUUCAAUUGGCGAAAGAUCAGAUAUGGUUCUUCACGGAUACGGAAAAUCGCCAACAUCAAAAUCAAACUAAUGGCCACAUGGUAAAUACGAAUUGUUCGGCUUCGCACCAACGUAAACAUUUAUGCUGUAAAAUGUCUGUAGAGUACGAUCAUUUUCUGGAAAGUGGUAAAAAAUGGUUCUGCCAUUUUGAUGAUGACAACUAUGUAAAUAUACCGCGUUUGGUUAGCAUACUGCAAAAUUAUAAUCAUCAAGAAGAUUGGUAUUUGGGACGGACAUCGGUAUACGAGCCGGUAAAAAUUUACAAAAAGCCCACUAAUAAGUUAAUGUUUUCUUUCUGGUUUGCUACUGGUGGAGCCGGCUUUUGCAUAAGCCGAAGUUUAGCACUCAAAAUGUUACCCGUGGCGAGUGGAGGCAGAUUUAUAAGUAUUUGUGAAGGCAUUCGAUUACCCGAUGACGUCUCAAUGGGAUUUAUAAUCGAGCAUCUAAUGAAAAAGAAUUUAACUCUAGUGCCGGAGUUCCACUCGCAUUUAGAACAAAUGAAACUUUUAAUCCCCGAGACUUUUCGAGAUCAAAUUUCAUUUAGUUACGGAAAGGCAAAGGAUGAGUGGAAUGUCGUUAAUGUGCCUGGAUUUGAUACAAGAUACGACCCUACCAGGUUCCUCUCGCUGCAUUGUUUUCUCUUUCCCCAUUUCAAAUUUUGCCCGAGAUAA